CAUGUGAGCAAAGCCCAGCAGCAGCUGCCAGAGCCCAUCACGACACCCCCCCGCCCACGGCAUGCUCAGGGCUGACCCUGGUGUCGUCCUCCGACAGAAAACUAUGAGUCCACUCAUUCAGGCAGCCAACCCUGUAACCACCCUCCUGGGUACCAUCUGACCCUUCUUGACACCCGCAGGUCCCAGAACCCAAGAUGUGUCCAAUCUGGAGGCUCCUGGUCCUCCUCAGCUUGCUGUCCGUGCCCUCAGCACUGCACAAGCAGCCCUGGCGUGGCCUGACCAAGACCCACAUGGACAGCAAACCAGCUCUGGCGAGAAUUAUUGCCCAGGGCCUCAUGAAGCACAACGCAGAGGGCCGAAUCCAGAACCUCCGCCUCAUGGACAGUCUGAAUGCCUCAGGGCAGACGGCCCCAGGGAUGGUGGGCUGGCUAAUAAGCAGCAUGAGCCUCCAGCAUCAGCAAGAAAGCAGCGCCAACAUCACCAACAUUCAGUUAGACUACGGUGGGAUCCGGAUGUCUUUCCAUAAGGAGUGGUUCUCAGCAAACAUCUUACUUGAAUUUGACAUUGACUUGAGACUGCCUUUCAAUAACAAGAUCAUAAAGACACAUGCAUGCAUGAACCUCGCUGUGGAGUUCUGGCUGGAGAAAGACGAGUUUGGCCGGAGGCAUCUGGUGAUAGGCAAUUGCUCUGUGGAGCCAAGCAGCAUCUACACAACAGUCCUAACCGAAGAUAUCUCACCAAAGAUGAAACAUUUUCUCCGCAACUUCAGGGGGAACCUGGCAAAAGUUAUCCCACACCUAGUGGAAAGUCAGGUGUGUCCUCUGAUCGGUGAAAUCCUCAGACAGCUGGACGUGAAACUGCUGAAGAGCCUCAUGGAACAGGCUUCUGCUCAUGAACACAACCAUGAGUCCAGCCGACCCUCCGCGUACCAGGCUUGAGCAUCCUCCGGCUACCUACUGAUCCAGAAGGAGAUUUCACACCUUGGGACCUUAAGUCUUCCUCAGAGUGGGGUUUCCACUGCCCCCAAAAACCCUUACCACAGGCCCUGUGGAGUCCUUCCUGUCCCAUAAUAAACUCUAACUCUGAAGGGUA